AAUCAGAUAGCAGAGGGACAGAGUGGGUUUAAAAGGAGCUGCAGUGCAGCUGAGCUGACACCGAGGCUGAGACUGACUCCAUCAUGAAGGCUUUCAUUCUUCUGGCUCUGUUCGCAGUGGCAUAUGCUGCUCCCAUUGAGGAUGACAAGAUUGUUGGAGGCUAUGAGUGCAGGAAGAACUCUGUGGCCUACCAGGUCUCUCUGAACUCUGGCUACCACUUCUGUGGAGGCUCUCUGAUCUCCAGCACCUGGGUGGUGUCUGCUGCUCACUGCUACAAGUCCCGCGUCCAGGUGCGUCUCGGUGAGCACAACAUUGCUGUCAAUGAGGGCACCGAGCAGUUCAUCAACUCUGCUAGGGUCAUCCGUCACCCCAGCUACAACAGCCGCAACCUGGACAAUGACAUCAUGCUGAUCAAGCUCAGCAAGCCCGCCACCCUCAACAACUACGUCCGCACCGUGUCCCUGCCCUCCAGCUGUGCUGGCUCUGGCACCCGCUGCCUGAUCUCUGGAUGGGGCAACACCAGCAGCUCUGGAAGCAACUACCCUGAUCGUCUGAGGUGCCUGGAUGCCCCCAUCCUGAGCGACAGCAGCUGCAGGUCCUCCUACCCUGGACAGAUCACCUCCAACAUGUUCUGUGCUGGAUUCCUGGAGGGAGGCAAGGACUCCUGCCAGGGUGACUCUGGUGGCCCCGUGGUGUGCAACGGUCAGCUGCAGGGUGUGGUGUCCUGGGGUUAUGGCUGCGCGCAGAGGAACAAGCCUGGAGUCUAUGCCAAGGUCUGCAACUACAACUCCUGGAUUCGCAACACCAUGGCCUCCAACUAAAUGGAUGAAUCGCCGAAUGGGCAGCGUGUCCCACGUCCCACAUGGAUGACAAAUAGGCUUUUAACACCAACAUUAGUGCCCAAAGUCACUGUGUUCACACUGUAAAGUUGAGUUGUGUGUAAUAAAACAUAUUUUCCAUAA